AUGUUGCUUACAAUUAUGACGACUCCUGAAAAUGGCGACUGUGCUGAAGACACCGGAUUAGAAGAAAGCAAUAUGAGUGCUUGGGGAAUGUUUCUGACAACAUAUUCGGAUUAUUGGGAGUUCACCGAGUGUUCACGUUUGUUGGAUGCUGUGCUCGACAUUCACGACGUAGCUUUGCGCAAACUUGUUGCUGAGAUGCAAGGAGAUGCAAGACUUGCCAUACGUGGGCUGUUUUUGGAUAUGCAAUACUCGGAUCAAGCUGCCAGUGCGUUUUGGUUGGCUGCCGUUUUCAACAAGCUAACGACUCCGGAAUACCGCCCAAAAUUCUUCAUGUUACUGUUUUUGGAUCCCGUGGAAGCAAAUGGAAAAAGGACUCUGGAUUGGCGUAGGAUGGUGACUGAGGCGAACGCUAACCAUUACGCAGAAUGUCUGAAUGCUGGAUUGUACCAAAAUGUGCAAUGCGAAUUGUUGGCUCAAGAGAAAAUUCGGGUUAUUCUCUACCGUCUCUCGUUGAAAGCA